AUGGCGCCCAGCAGCAAGCCCGGUGAGAACAUGUUGUGGGGAGGCCGCUUAACUGGCGGUCUCGACCCCCUGAUGGUCGCAUACAACGAGAGCAUCUACUUUGACAAGGCUCUCUUCCGAGAAGAUAUCUUGGGCAGCAUAGCCUUUGCCUGGGCCAACUGCAAGGGUGGCAUCUUGACUGAAGAUGAGUUCAGCAAGAUCGAGAAGGGUCUGCAUGAGGUCAUGAAGGAGUGGGAGUCGGAUACCUUCAAGAUCAUCCCUGGUGUCGACGAGGAUAUCCACACAGCUAACGAGCGCCGCCUCGGCGAGAUCAUUGGCAAGGAGAUUGCCGGCAAGCUGCACACUGCCCGAAGCCGGAACGAGCAAUGCGUAUGUGACAUGCGAAUGUGGCUGCGCGAUGAGAUGCGCAAGAUCGAGAGCUACUUGGUCAGCUUUCUCAAGGUCAUCACAUCCCGCGCCGAGUCGGAGAUUGACUUCGUGAUGCCCGGCUACACCCACCUGCAGCGAGCUCAGCCCAUCCGUUGGAGUCACUGGAUGAUGUCCUACGGUCUGUCCUUUGCCAGCGAUCUGGAGAGACUCCAGCGUGUCAACAAGAGCCCGCUGGGCUGCGGCACUUUGGCCGGAAACCCUUUCAACAUCGACCGAGACAUGAUGGCCGAGGAACUUGGCUGCGAUGGCUUGCUGUGGAACUCCGUGCUACUCCACGGCCGAAAAAAGAACCCUGACAGCCUCGAGCUCCUCCGAGGCAAGAGCGGCCGUGUCAUCGGCCGGGCAACUGGCUUCAUGACGACCCUCAAGAACCUUGCUAGCACCUACAACAAGGAUUUCUAG